AUGCUAAACGUCACUCGCCAUCAGAGAAAUGCAUAUCAAAAUCACAGACUAACAGUGAACACCCAGAAGGAUGUUCAAUCCCAAAAGCAGCAACCAGUCAUAUUAAUUUGUGGAAAAUGUCAUACAGAAAAGGAAAUAAAAUCCAGGCAUCCAAUCAAAUGCAGAGAAUGUGAAUACAGAAUAUACAAGUAAAAGACUAAAAUUUUGGUGGUUUCUGAUACUCAAUGA